AACGCGCAAAGCGCCACGUUGUAGUGUCUGUAGACCGGAAAAGUGAAAGCCAGCAAAAGUGGGACUCCGAGGCGUCGCCGAGUCUUCGUGUUGAGCGGGCGUCGGAAAGUAGGCAACAUUUGCUGCCUGUCCACGAAAAUGCUGCAUGUUUGCUGGCGGGACUAUUGAAUUCAUCAGACAAAGCACAUCGUUUUCCUCCCCCAAAAUCUUUCCAGCGCUGCAAUAUGGCUGCUGAUGGUUUUGUUUAUCGCUGGCUUUUGUUCGGAACCACCAUUGUUCUGCUCGCUGAAGCCGCCCAAAGGCACACCGCAUCCGAUAAUCCCUCGACGUACAACAUUGGCGGCGUAUUGAGCAAUUCCGACAGCGAGGAGCACUUUAGUACAACAAUAAAGCACCUCAACUUUGAUCAGCAGUAUGUGCCGCGCAAGGUCACAUACUACGACAAGACCAUUCGCAUGGACAAGAAUCCCAUCAAGACGGUUUUUAAUGUCUGCGACAAGCUCAUCGAGAAUCGGGUCUACGCCGUAGUCGUUUCGCAUGAGCAAACCUCAGGUGAUUUGUCCCCGGCGGCCGUGAGUUAUACGAGCGGUUUCUAUUCAAUUCCCGUCAUUGGCAUAUCCUCGCGGGACGCGGCCUUCUCCGACAAGAACAUCCAUGUCUCCUUCCUGCGAACGGUGCCGCCUUAUUACCACCAGGCCGACGUCUGGCUGGAGAUGCUGAGCCACUUCAGUUACACGAAGGUAAUCAUCAUCCACAGCUCCGACACGGACGGCAGGGCCAUUCUGGGCCGCUUCCAGACCACAUCCCAGACCUACUACGACGACGUCGAUGUGCGUGCCACCGUGGAGCUGAUUGUCGAAUUCGAGCCCAAACUGGAGAGCUUCACCGAGCACCUCAUCGACAUGAAGACGGCCCAAUCGAGAGUCUACCUGAUGUACGCCAGCACGGAGGAUGCCCAGGUUAUCUUCCGGGAUGCCGGGGAGUACAACAUGACCGGAGAGGGGCAUGUGUGGAUUGUGACGGAGCAGGCUCUGUUUGCCAACAAUACGCCGGACGGAGUGCUGGGCCUCCAACUGGAGCACGCCCACAGCGACAAGGGACACAUUAGGGACAGUGUCUACGUCCUAGCCUCGGCCAUCAAAGAGAUGAUUUCCAACGAGACCAUUGCCGAGGCACCGAAGGACUGUGGCGAUUCCGCCGUGAAUUGGGAGUCGGGCAAGCGUCUGUUCCAGUACCUGAAGAACCGAAACAUUACGGGGGAAACGGGUCAGGUGGCGUUCGAUGACAACGGAGAUCGCAUUUAUGCCGGCUACGACGUAAUCAAUAUCCGGGAGCAGCAGAAACAGCAUGUUGUGGGAAAGUUCAGUUACGACAGUGAGCGUGCCAAAAUGCGGAUGAGAAUUAACGACAGUGAGAUUAUCUGGCCGGGAAAGCAGCGUCGGAAGCCAGAAGGCAUCAUGAUUCCCACCCACCUGAAAGUGCUCACCAUCGAGGAGAAACCCUUUGUCUAUGUCCGGCGAAUGGGCGAUGAUGAGUUCCGGUGCGAGCCAGACGAACGUCCUUGCCCACUAUUUAAUGCCUCCGAUGGAACAGCCAACGAAUUUUGCUGCCGGGGUUACUGCAUUGACCUACUGAUCGAGUUAUCCAAGCGGAUUAACUUCACCUAUGACCUGGCCUUGUCGCCGGAUGGACAGUUCGGGCAUUAUAUCCUACGGAACAAUACGGGGGCCAUGACCUUGCGCAAGGAGUGGACGGGCCUCAUUGGAGAGCUGGUCAACGAACGUGCCGACAUGAUCGUUGCACCACUAACCAUCAAUCCGGAGCGUGCCGAGUAUAUCGAAUUCUCGAAACCAUUCAAAUACCAAGGCAUUACAAUACUCGAGAAGAAACCGUCACGAUCGAGUACUCUCGUGUCUUUCUUGCAGCCGUUUAGUAACACGCUAUGGAUCUUGGUAAUGGUGUCGGUCCAUGUUGUGGCGCUCGUGCUCUAUCUCUUGGAUAGAUUCUCGCCCUUCGGACGCUUCAAGCUCUCGCACUCGGACAGCAACGAGGAGAAGGCCCUGAAUCUCAGCUCCGCGGUGUGGUUCGCCUGGGGAGUGCUCCUAAACAGCGGAAUCGGGGAGGGCACACCACGCAGCUUCUCCGCCCGGGUCCUGGGCAUGGUCUGGGCCGGAUUUGCAAUGAUCAUUGUCGCCUCGUACACUGCCAACCUGGCUGCCUUCCUCGUGCUGGAGCGGCCCAAGACGAAGCUGAGCGGAAUCAAUGAUGCCCGUCUGAGGAACACCAUGGAGAACCUGACUUGCGCCACCGUGAAGGGCUCCUCGGUGGACAUGUACUUCCGCCGGCAGGUGGAGCUAUCGAACAUGUACCGCACCAUGGAGGCGAACAACUAUGCCACCGCCGAGCAGGCCAUCCAGGACGUGAAGAAGGGUAAGCUGAUGGCCUUUAUCUGGGAUUCCUCCCGACUGGAAUACGAAGCCUCCAAGGAUUGCGAGUUGGUCACUGCCGGAGAACUAUUUGGUCGGAGUGGUUAUGGAAUCGGUUUGCAAAAGGGUUCACCCUGGACCGAUGCAGUAACACUCGCCAUUCUUGAGUUUCACGAAAGUGGAUUCAUGGAAAAGCUGGACAAGCAAUGGAUCUUCCAUGGGCAUGUUCAGCAGAAUUGCGAACUUUUUGAAAAGACACCCAAUACCCUGGGAUUGAAGAACAUGGCGGGGGUGUUUAUACUGGUGGGCGUGGGCAUUGCCGGAGGCGUAGGUCUGAUCAUCAUCGAGGUCAUCUACAAGAAGCACCAGGUGAAGAAGCAGAAACGCCUUGACAUAGCCCGACAUGCGGCAGACAAGUGGCGUGGCACCAUAGAGAAACGGAAGACCAUACGUGCUUCCCUGGCGAUGCAGCGCCAGUACAAUGUGGGCCUGAACGCCACCCACGUCCCGGGCACCAUUAGCCUGGCAGUGGACAAGCGGAGGUAUCCCCGCCUCGGCCAGAGACUGGGCCCGGAGCGGGCUUGGCCCGGAGACGCCGCAGACGUGCUGCGCAUCCGACGACCAUACGAGCUGGGGAAACCCGGCCAAAGUCCAAAGGUCAUGGGAGCCAAUCAGCCGACAAUGCCCAUGCCCAUGCUGGGCAAGACCAGGCCCCAACAAAACAUGCUGCCACCCCGAUACUCACCUGGAUACACCAGCGACGUGUCGCACCUGGUCGUUUAAGUUAACAUUUUGCCAAAGCAGUUAGACUAUAGAGGGAACUAUUAUCAUUGCUCAAAACAUUGGGAAUUGCUAGCCAGGGAAAAGGAUUACCUGUUUGUUAUCGCCGGAAGGGUUGGCCAGGACCAGAUGCAGGAUUUUCAGAUUUUAUUUCCAUCAUUAAGCGUUUUGAAUUGGCCGUUCGUCCUGGUCCCGUGCCCGCAAUAAUCUGUUUUAUCAGAAUCUAGGUGUAAUGCAAAAUUUUUGAAUAACUUAUUAAGUUUGUGUAGUUUUUAUACAUUUGUUGAAGGGAUUCAGGAAGCAACUUCAUUUAUCGUUGGUUUUCAUUUAUUGCUUUCAAUGUGCUUACUAUUGUUCUAGAAUACUUAUACGCUUUAGCUUAUUACCGAAAAUUAAAAGAGUUUCUAUCAAGCCUAAACUAUCCAAUCCGAUCGUUUUCCAAACAAAAUAUAAAAUGUUCAUCUCGUAAACAAGUGACCAGAUACAUUAAGAGAGCCUGUGGCCAAGCUUUAAUCUUAAAAUUACAGAAUUCACUCGAAUAUAAAACCCACCACCCAUUCUUACAAGUUGUUCUCUAAAGGAUACUCUUCUAAACUUAACUCAUACCGAUACCGAUUUUUGAUCUGGCCAUCAUUUUGCCUCAACUGAAAGCUCCGAUUGCCCGUACAACUUAUACAAAUUAUAUUUUUUUCUUAAACAAAAAGCUUAAAUAAAAUAAAACCUUAAACACGAUUGCCACAAAGGGCCCAGACGACUUAGGAAGGGCGAACCCCAAAGAAGCAAUUAAUUAAAAACAUAAAACUAACAUUAAAUUCAAAGAAGCUUAAAACGAAAUUUUAAAAACAAAAAUUAAAAAUAUAUGUAUACAUAUUAUAACUAUAAGAUUCAGUGUGAAAGUUAACAGCAUAAAUGUGAAGCA